CGUCAUCAAAUUUAGAUGGCAUUAAUGUUUCGUACCGUACAGAAACUUAUUCAUCAAACAGAUGAGUCACGGUAUAACCAAGUAAACUCAAGUAUUCGUAACAUAGAAUAGAUAAUAAUGUUUUUAACGAAUAUAUUAUUAAAGAAAGCAAAAAGCAAAUCAAUCUUAGUUUUAGUAGAAAGUAUAGUAAGCGGCCAUACUAGGCAUAUGGUUAGAGAAAGAGUUGCUGAUAAAAUAGAAGUCAUACAAUUUGAUCCAUAUAUUCAAACAAUGGCAAUCUAUAGAGAAAAGAAAAAAAUACGAGGUAUAAGUUGA